AUGACUAAAGAGGAGAAUACUCAGUCGUAGAAGAAGCCAGAUGCCAAGAAGCCAGCAGAGAGUUCUAAAGAGGAUGAUAAGAAGAAUUCUCAAGGAGGUGCUCCUUUGAGUGAAUAGGAUAUUGCUCUGUUCAAGAGAUACGGAAGGGGACCUUACGCAGAAACUCUUAAAAAGGCAGAGGAGGAUGUGAAGGAAUUUAACCAAAAAAUAUCUGUUCUUUGUGGCAUUAAGGAAUCAGACACUGGUUUGGCUUUGCCAGCUCAGUGGAAUUUAGCUCAGGAUCAAAUGAUGCUUAAGCAAGACCCCACCCUUUAAGUGGGAAGAUGCAACAAAAUCUUGAAUGCAGGCACUGAGGACGCUAAAUAUAUUGUGCAUUUAAAGCAUAUGGGAAAAUAUGUUGUGGGGCUUGAUGAAAAGCUAGCACCUACAGAUGUUGAAGAAGGCAUGAGAGUGGGCACUGAGAGAGCUGGAGUCGUUGGAUCUAAAUUGCAAAUCAAGUUGCCUCUCCCCCCGAAGAUCGACCCAAGUGUAACCAUGAUGACUGUUGAAGAUAAACCAGAUGUGACAUAUAAUGAUCUAGGAGGUUGCAAGGACCAAAUUGACAAGAUCAGAGAAGUAGUUGAACUUCCUCUCCUUCAUCCAGAGAGAUUCAUUCAACUUGGUAUUGACCCACCCAAAGGAGUGCUGCUCUACGGACCUCCAGGCACAGGAAAAACUUUGACUGCCAGAGCUGUAGCUAAUAGAACUGACGCAACCUUUAUCAGAGUUAUUGGUUCAGAACUAGUGCAGAGAUAUGUGGGAGAGGGCGCUCGUAUGGUUAGAGAAAUAUUCCAGCUUGCAAGAACAAAGAAGUCCUGCAUUAUCUUCUUCGAUGAAAUCGAUGCUGUCGGAGGAGCUCGUUUCGGAGAGGGUGACUCUGAAGUGCAAAGAACCAUGCUUGAAAUUGUCAAUCAACUUGAUGGCUUCGACUCAAGAGGUAACGUUAAAAUUCUGAUGGCAACAAACAGACCUGACACUCUAGACCCAGCUCUUGCAAGACCAGGUCGUCUUGAUCGUAAAAUUGAGUUUGGCUUACCAGACUUGGAGGGUCGUGUCUAGAUUUUCAAAAUUCACGCUAAGACCAUGGCUUUCGACAAGGACAUCAGAUUUGAGCUAAUCGCUAGAAUGUGUCCCAACACGACUGGUGCUGAUAUCAGAUCUGUGUGCACUGAGGCAGGCAUGUUUGCCAUCAGAGCUAGAAGAAAGGCCAUUACUGAGAAAGAUCUAAUGGAUGCUAUUGAUAAAGUCAUUAAGGGUUACUCUAAAUUCAGUGCCACUCAAAAAUAUAUGGUCUUCAAUUGA